GGAAUGAAAAAAUAUGAGCUCGAAUUUACCAACAAAAAUAAAAAAAUAAAUCGACCAAUCAAACUCUGGGGAACUUGAAUGUUUAAUUUUGACGCGCGUGAGGAGCAAGGGUUUUAGAUUUUUCGUCGCGUGCGUUCAAAUCAACAGUGGAAUUAACGGUCGCUCUGGAUUAGCAUCAUGCUACACAUCACCAGAAUGAGGAGUUUUGGGGUGGAGGUGCUCGUCGCCGUGCUCGCCUCAGGUGUGUGGCUCAUGCCUUCGUGUGACGCUCAAGAAUGUGGAAGGCCUCUUGUGGUAACUCGCAUCGUAGGAGGCAGUGAGGCGCGAGACGGGGCAUGGCCGUGGCAAGUGGACAUCCAGAUGGGAAAGGCCGGCCAUGUUUGUGGAGGAUCCGUCAUCUCGAGAGACUGGGUUCUGUCCGCGGCACACUGUUUUCCCGAGCUGUCCAUGUGGAGCCAUCCUCAGCAGCAGGUGAUGAGAACUCCCACCAGAAGUAGGGCAUCUGGACGAAUCGGACAGGUCCGGAGAGCAGAAGGGGUCAGGAUCGCUGGUAUCUCAGGAGUAGCAUGUGUAGCUCCACAGAGAGAGAGAACACAGACUAUUAGCCCAUCAGAUGUGUCCUCAUACCGUCUCUACAUGGGUCGCUAUCAGCUCAACGGCGCUAACCAGUUUGAGACAUCAAGAGAAGUGAAGAGGGUGGUGGUGGCACACGGGUACUCGACCCCUCAGAAGGGCAGAGACGUGGCACUCGUAGAGCUGAGCUCGCCGCUCACCUGGACAAACCAGAUCCAGCCCGUGUGUCUGCCCAACGCCGACUUCCAGUUCUACGCUGGAACCAUGUGCUACGUCACAGGCUGGGGGGACACACAGGAGGGAGUCUCGCUGUCUGGAGUCGGGACGCUACGGGAAGUCGGAGUGCCCAUUAUUGACCAAGAUUCCUGCAACUCCAUGUACCAGAUCGAUGCGUCUAACGCGGACACGGUGUCCAUCCUGUCAGACAUGAUCUGUGCUGGAUACCAGGAGGGGGGCAAGGACUCAUGUCAGGGGGACUCCGGCGGACCGCUCGUCUGUUCCACCGGGAACGGCACGUGGAUCCAGGCGGGCAUUGUGAGUUUUGGACUGGGAUGCGCUCAGAAGAACCGACCCGGCGUGUACGCCAGAGUGUCGAGCUUCGUGGGCCUCAUACGCUCCACGGUGCAGGACGCCCAGCUGCUGGAUCACGCCUGUAAUUGUGCAGCUCACAGCCUCGUGGUGCUCAGUGUAGCUCUCGUAGCAGUGAUGUUAGGUAGGUAG